AUGUCGGACAUUGGGAGCUCGAGCCUGCCUGACAAGCUCCGGCCGUUGAAGAGCCCUGUUCUCAGUUCUACGAGUACCUGUCAGAGCCGCCGCCCGUCGCGCUCUCCAAAUGACAGCCAAGACGACAUUGACGACGGCGUCGGCCCCGGCGGCGACGAUGAUGACCUCCCGGAGUUUGAGCGACACUCCGAGCCAACGCUCCUCGAGAUCUUCUUCGAUCUCUUCUUCGCCGCAAACUACAACGUCUUUUCCGACACCCAGAACAUCAGUGACAAAACCCAAUUCGAAGCCUUUGUUGGCUACUUCUGCAUCCUGUGGCUCACGUGGUUCGCUGUGACCCUGUUCGACGUUCGUUUUGUCACCGACAGCAUCUUCUCUCGCGUGACGAGAGCCAUUCAACUCGGCGUCUUGGUUGGCUUCGCUGUCGUGGCUCCCAGCUUCAACCCAAAGGAGCAGCACCCCGAGACCAUGCAAAUUCUAUCUCUCAUCCUCGCGUGCUCACGCGCGUGCUUGACUAUUGAAUAUGGCACCACGCUGUGGCAUGUGCGGAGGUUCAAGGCGGCCCGCUUGCCGCUCUGUCUCCAAAUCGCCGUUCAUUUCGCCUCCGCGUCCGUCUAUCUGGGAGUCUCUUUUCGCUAUACAAAGGGGAUCAGCAGCCGUGCAUAUUUGGCAUGGUACUGCAUUUCAGGAGCCGAGGCCAUUCUUUGCAUCCUCUUGUCUAAUUUCUCACCGGUCCUCUCCUUCACCAGGACGCAUCUCAUGAAGCGCUUGACACUUUUGACAGUCAUGAUCAUCGGAGAAGGUGUCGUUCAAGUAGCGCAGGACGUUGUGACGAUUGUUAAAAACCCGGAUGCCUGGGACGCAAUAACCGUCGGACAAAUCACGUCUGCGGCCGCAACCUUCUACAUUGUCUUCUUGGUUUAUUUCGAUUGGCUCAAAUCCUCCUUUCACCUUCCCGCCUUGCGGCAGCAGGCCUGGACCGUUGUCCACCUGCCCUUUCACCUUGCCCUCGUCAUCUUCACACAGGGCUUCACGCAGCUCAUCCUCUGGUCAACCGUCUUGAGUCGCUCAGGCGAGUACGAAGACUUUGAGGACUGGGGUUUCCUCACAUCACCCCUGAACAAGACGACCAGUCAAGUCUACGACUCGCUCAACGCCAGUACUCUAAAUUUCUUCAACGAUUACCCUCCCAAACUACACACUACUUGGGAGACUAUUGGCGAAGCCCUCAAGAAUAUCUCCCGAAUUCCUGACUGGGUUUGGGCUCACGCCCAUGAGGACCGUCGUGAAGUCGAGAUCAACUUCAACACCAGCUUUAAGGACACGUUGGACGAGAACACCAACCGUGCCAUUUGGAGCAUCGUCACCAUCUCAUGCGCAAAAAUCAAUGCAUUUGUUGCUACGUACGGGAUAAAGCUCGAGGAUAAAGGGCUUACCAAGUAUUGGGGGGGUAAUAAGACAAGCCCAGAGUAUCAACUUGGUGUUAUGAAUGCGGCGUCUGAUCGCUACAUCCUGGUAUUUGCGUACACCUACAUCGCCACCGGGGCGACCCUGCUUCUUAUGAUCAUCCUAACCUUGCUUGUGCGCGGACUGCCUCGCAAAGCAUGGCCUAAAAUUCGCAUCGUCGUCAUCGUUCUCUUGGCUCUCGGCACCGGCCUCACCGCGCUUUUCGCCUCGAACCGGGAUCUUGAGUCCGCGCCCCCCUUGACGCCUUGGCUGUUGCCCAUGAUCACCCUGAUGUGGUGUGUUGUCUUGAUCGUCACGCACGUCAACGGAGAGGGCGUCAAGCGCAACGCGCACGUCUUCAACCGCCUCAAGCGGCCACAUGCCGUCCGCUCCUUCACCCUGUCUUCGGUCGCGCUAUGGGAUAGACGUGAUCGCGAGGAUAGGAAGAAGCGCUCCGAGCGGUCCAUGCGAUGGUUCAGCCAGCCGGAUGAUUUGUGA